CAGCUGUGGAGAAGGAAGGUGUGUUUAGUUGGAGGAGUGGGGCUUCGGGAGCGCAGCAUCGUCUCACUCUCUCACGGGCGCAUCGCCUCGCCUGUGGUUUGAACGACCUCGUGCAGCGUUUUUAACCCAUUUCCACCCCCCUUUUACGCGGAUACACGUCUCAAGGAAAAAAACCGUUUAUGGUCCUGGCUGAAGAUUUCACGAUGUCUCGCACCGACGAGGUUCACCGCUUGACGGAAAAUGUCUAUAAGACCAUCAUGGAGCAGUUCAACCCCUGCUUACGGAACUUUGUUGCCAUGGGGAAGAACUAUGAGAAGGCCCUCGCCAAUGUGACAUUUGCUGCCAAAGGCUACUUUGAUGCUCUGGUCAGAAUGGGUGAGCUGGCCAGUGAGAGUCAAGGAUCCAAAGAUUUGGGGGAUGUGCUGUUCCAGAUGGCUGAGGUCCACAGACAGAUCCAAGUGCAGCUAGAGGAGAUGUUGAAAUCCUUCCACAACGAGCUGCUCUCCGAGCUGGAGAAGAAGGUGGAGCUGGAUGCUCGUUAUCUGACUGCUGCCCUUAAGAAAUACCAGAUGGAACACAAGAGCAAAGGGGAGAGUCUGGAGAAGUGCCAGGCUGAACUGAAGAAGCUGCGCAGGAAGAGCCAGGGCAGUAAGAACCCCUCCAAGUACGGAGAGAAGGAGAUGCAGUUUGUGGAGACCAUCAGCAGUAAGCAGACUGAGCUGGACACCUUCAUCGCUGAGGGAUACAAGACAGCCUUGUCCGAGGAGCGUCGCAGGUACUGCUUCCUGGUGGACCGCCAGUGUGCCGUGGCCAAGAACAGCAGUGCCUACCAUGGCAAGGGUAAAGACCUUCUGACCCAGAAGAUCCCAGUGUGGCAACAGGCUUGUUCAGACCCAAACAAGCUGCCAGAGAGGGCCAUGCUUCUAGCCCAGCAGAUGGGCUCUGCUGCCCUCGGGGGCACAAGCCCCCUGCAUACCUCCAAAUCCAACCUGGUUAUCUCAGACCCCAUACCUGGAGCUCAGCCUCUUCCUGUGCCCCCAGAGCUGGCCGUCUUCAUGGGCAGUGGCCUCGGACACCCAGCGAGGCUGAUGGGCCCUGAUGGUAUGUCCAUGGUCAAUGGGACAACAGGAGUCCACGGAGAGGAAUAUUGGACGGACGGGGGGACUAUGUCCGUGUCUCAAGUCAGGCCUUCGUCCCCUCAGACCCAGGCGCAGGGCCAGUCCCAGGCUCAGCCUCAGAGACAGGUCAGCGAUGUCUACUCCAACACCCUCCCUGUGCGCAGGCCUGCCCCCGCCAAGAAUAAGAACCCCGUGGGUGAGACACGGACCCUUCCCAGGUCCAGUUCCAUGGCAGCAGGCCUGGAAAAGAAUGGCCGCUCCCGCGUCCAGGCCAUCUUCUCCCACGCUGCGGGUGACAACAGCACCCUGCUCAGCUUUUCCGAGGGAGAUGUCAUUACCCUGUUAGUGCCUGAAGCCCGCGAUGGCUGGCACUAUGGGGAGAAUGAGAAGAACAAGAUGCGUGGCUGGUUCCCAUUCUCCUACACACGUGUGCUGCCUGACAGCGACGGCGAGAAGCUCAGAGUGAAUUUGCACCAUGGGAAAAGUAGCAGCACAGGGAACUUGUUGGAGAGCGAUGCAUCACUGCCCACACCUGACUAUGGCCUGACCGCCCGGCUGCUGGCACAGAGCCUAGCACAGACCCGCCCACGACCCUACAGCAUGGCAGGCUUUGGCACACAGCCUGCAAUUGAGGAUUACGACGGCCGCUUUGCCACAAGUGACCGUUCCCUGGAGGUCUACCUCCGGCCCACCUUCACUGAUGACCGAUCUGCACCCAUCUUCUACUAGCGGCCUGCUGUCCCCUUUUGUCCACUCAUGGGCCCCUAUUUUCACAAGGGGGGGGAGAAAGAACAUGGCCGACACCGGCAUGUUUUAAGUUGUGUGAUUGAGGGUCAAAGACCACAUUACAGUACUAAGAAUCUAGUUUCUUUGCCGUGGUAAUUCACCCAGAGAAUGUUCAUCCAAUUCUCGUGAUGUUUUGCGAACGCUUCCACAAACGUUGAAUGUCUCAGCCUUGGACAUUCAAGUGCAAGUGUGACAGUAGAUUUUAUUAGUUAUUUAGAUCAGCACCAGUUGUGGAUAAGGUAUGGCUAAUAGGUUUUACUAGUAAAGCUGGCACAUUAUUAUUUAUCUGCACUCUAUAAUGGGAUUUCUGUUUUCUUCAACACUGUACACUGUAAAUUUCAUUUGAGGAUUAUUUACAUUAAUGAGCAGUGAAGGCACACUCUGCAUUUGUUGUUUCAAGUGAGGCUCAAGUUUGAAUAUAAGAUGGUCGGUAACAGUUUUCAGUGCAUCACUGUGAUAUACACUGAGGACAAAGUGUAGACUGGACACUGCCACAGAAAGCUAGAACUGGAAAGUUGCUGAGUGAACUGUAAUUCUGCUUUUGUUAAGUGAUAUAAUACUAUAUAUUUACUAGUUGUGAUACAGUAUACCCAGAUUUUCAAUGUGGGAACUGUGCCUUCUACUUUUUUUUUUCCUUUUAAAUAUAGGCUUCACACAGCAUUGACUCAAUCAUUCUGUAAACUGGGAUUAUAUCCCCUUUUUGUUUGCUUGUAAUGUCACUCUUUUGGCUCAGCAAGCUCCAGUACAGUGCAAUUGCAAUUCAGCUGAAAUAAUACAAGAAUAUUUAGAAUUGCUAUUCCUUUUUUUUUUCCUUUUAUUCUUUUCACUUUGAAUUUCAGUAAUAUCUAAGCUGCCAGGAGAUGAAAAACAGUGCAUACAUAAUGGGUCAUUUUUUUAAAAAAUAUAUAGCUUUGAGGGAGUGGUAGCUUAUCAGAUAAGGUACAGUAUUAUCAUAGCUUUUGAUCAUUCAUUCUCAGUAUUAUACACUCAUCUGGGAGAAGCGCUUAGAGCAGAGGCAUUUAAGUGUGUAUGUAUGUGGGGAUAGUGGUGAAAUUAUAUGCGAUGGAAGAGCAGGAAUGUGUAUGGAUGGGUCAGUGAGCUACAAAUGCCUCUUAGACAGCUACAAUUCAACUGUCACAUCAUGAAAAGUGGAUGAGUCCUUUACACUGAGUGAAAUGAUCACGCUUUUAUUACAUAGCUCAUUCGGGCAGCAAGUUUCCAGUGCUUUUUUUACUUUUAUAUAGCUUUCGUUUUGUCCAUUUCUCACCUUUGUCCCUGUUUGUAUUAUAUCUGUACUGUACAGAAAGUGCAUAUAAAUUAUCCUGUCCAAAAUAAAUCUAAAUGGGCACAAACGUCA